ACAACACUAGUACAAUGUAUAUUCCAUCCAUCCAUUUUCUACCGUUUGUCCAAAUUAAAAUGGAUAGUUCUCCUUUGUGGAUUUGCUUCAUUGAUAUUUCAUCCUCAAAGGUGUCUGUUGUCAAAGUGGUUGCCUAGAAACACUUGACAACAAUAGCCGACUGCCAGCUUUUAAACGUCCAAACACUCAAGGUAGGUUAGAUAGCUAGUUACUUGUAACUCGUCAAACUCAACCCACGUCGAUAUUUGUAUUUUAUUGUAGGCAAGUUAUGUUUAUGGUAAAAAUAUAUAGUUAAAAUUGAUAAACUUUUCAGUGACGUAAAGCUAGCAGGUUAGCUUCAGAGGCUAAAGUGACUUCUCGUGGUGGGCAACAUGUCGGUGCCGUUCGGGGACACUCACCUGAGGAUCCCGCGGGGUUUCGGGGCCAUCCUCGAAUGCCUGGUGCGAGAAAUCCUCCGGGAUCAGCCUGCGGACAUUCCCAAGUACGCCGCCCUCUACUUCCACCAUCUUCUCAAACGACGCGAAGGUACAAACCGUGUUCUUAUUUGCCGAGUGGAAGUCUGACCCUCGGGCCGUGUGACCGCUUUGCAGAGAGCGGCGUGGACCCGUCUGAGUGGGCCGCCAGCCUGGAAGACAGAUUCGAGUUCAACCGUGCAUUUCAGGAUAUUUCCCAGCCAGAGCCUGCAACGCAAGACUCAGAUUCAACCGAUAAGCCAGCAGACUCUCAAGCCAAGGAUGAGUCUGCUCAGCAAGCAGAGGCACCACAAGUCAUGGCUACAUCUUCUGAUCAAGUUGAUCUGACGGGUAGUGCUGAAAAAGAUGAUGUAUAUCAGUCUGAACCCGCUGACCAAAAAGCAUCAGAGGAGAAAGAGAACCCUGAGGCUGAAGAACCAGAGGAGGCUUUGCGGCAGUCUGAUCUAGCUGAGGCAGCCCCUGAGGCUGAGGCAGAGGCUAAGGUGGACACAGAUACUGAAGCUGAGACGGAUGCUGAGACUGAAGCUGAGACGGAGGCUGAGACUGAAGCUGAGACGGAAACCGAGGCUGAACCUGAGACGGAUGCCGAGGCUGAACCUGAGACGGAUACUGAAGCUGAAGCUGUGACGGAUGCUGAGGCUGAAGCCGAGACAGAUGCUGAGGUGGAGGCUGAGGUGGAAGCUAAGGUAGAAGCUCAGACAGAAGCUGGAGGAGAAGCCAUGAUGGAACCUGAGGUACAAGCUGAGGUUGAAGCUUCAGAGCAGGACGAACCAGAAACAACCCCGGAGGAAGUCCCAACUGAUGAUAUUAAAGAAGAUAAGGUUGAUCAUUCAGAGGCCGUUGAUGAGGAGAACCCCCAAAUCCAGUCUGAAGAAACCGAAGGAACCCAACCUCAAAGCGAAACCAUCGAUGGUGAACAAGAAGCCGGAGCUCAGGCGGUAGAAACAACUGAGGAGGGAGGUGCGGAGAUGCAGGCCGCUGAUGAGGAAGAAGGCAAUGUGGACAACACUGAACAACCAGCGGAGCAAUCUCUGGUUGAGGUGGACUUUGAAGAGAUUCCAGAUGCUCAGCAAAGUGAUGACAGGGAGCAGCAGCCAGAAGAAGGGAACGUUCCAGAAGAGGUUUCGCAGAAUCCUGAAGAACAAGGCAAUGAUGAGCCUAAAGUGGAGGGAGAGCCAGACGACCCAAACAAUAUAGAAACUAAAGAUGAGGUGGUUGCUGAGCCCGCAGAGGAGGCGGGGCCAGAAGAUGCAACAGAAGCUGAGAAUCAAGGAGGGGAUUAGAGACAGGAGGACCGAGGGCAGUAGGGAGUGAUUACACAGCUGGGCCCCUUUCCUGACCUGGAUGAAGAAAGAAGGAGAUGUGGGAGGGGCUUAAGCAAGGUAGCAAGCAGGUAUACGGUUGGCUGGCACAAGCUGGCUGGGUCGGGUUUUAAGCACACCUAUUUACCACUUUUUUUAAUUGGUUUAUUCCUGUUCAGCAUUAAGUUAAGUACUAGAAAAUGAACAGUUUGAGGAUGUGUUUUUUUUCCCCUCUUUUUAUCAACUUCUGCUUCUCCGGUAGUCUUCAUUAGUGCGGAUGUCUUUGACCCACAAUUUGCGACUCACUGCAUGUUCUCGUGAAACCUGUGGCGGUGUGCUACUUUUUAGAUCUGUGAAUGUGGAAAGGAAUGUGCUCUAAAUGCAAAAAAGAGCUUACGUGUGCAUCAUUCCGUGGCUUUUAUUGUCGCUUGUUUACUGGUAUCUUAUUAUUACUUACCCGAUGACUCGCUGGCAAAAAUAAUUAAAGGUUCCGAAAUAAAAGAAAAAAUCACCUCGAAAACUGGA